CGGGAUAAAGAACACAAGUCCCCACGGCAGACCAAACCCUAGCUUCGCCUCUUCGACUCUUCGACCCUAACCCUUGCCAUUCACGCGUAUAUUGUGAUGUCGUCGUCCGGCGGGGGUGGGGCUGGGCAGCAGUUCCGGUACACGCAGACGCCGUCGAAGGUGCUGCACCUGCGGAACCUGCCCUGGGAGUGCACCGAGGAUGAGCUCGUUGAGCUCUGCAGGCCCUUCGGCCGCAUCGUCAACACCAAAUCCGGCGUCGGCGCCAAUCGCAACCAGGCCUUCGUCGAGUUUACCGAUGUUAAUCAAGCCAUUUCAAUGGUUUCUUAUUUUGCAUCAUCUUCAGAACCAGCACAAAUUCGAGGCAAAACUGUUUACAUUCAGUAUUCAAAUAGACAAGAAAUAAUUAACAACAAGAGCCCUGGUGAGACUGCUGGAAAUGUGUUGCUUGUUACCAUAGAGGGUGUUCAAGCUAGUGACGUCACCAUCGAUGUAAUCCAUUUGGUUUUCUCUGCUUUUGGAUUUGUUCACAAAAUAGCUACUUUUGAGAAGGCUGCAGGUUUUCAGGCACUGAUCCAGUAUACUGAUCCACCCACUGCAUCAGCAGCAAGAGAAGCCUUAGAUGGAAGAAGCAUCCCAAGAUACUUGCUUCCGGAUCAUGUAGUAUCCUGCCACUUGCGGAUUUCUUUCUCUGCGCACAAGGAUUUGAACAUCAAGUUCCAAUCACACCGCAGCAGGGAUUACACCAACCCUUACCUUCCAGUCAACUCCUCUGCUAUAGAUAGUACAUUGCAGCCUGCUGUUGGUGCUGAUGGAAGGAGGGUGGAGGCCGAGGGUAAUGUUCUUCUUGCAUCAAUUGAGAAUAUGCAGUAUGCUGUAUCAGUGGAUGUUCUCCAUACUGUGUUCUCUGCAUUCGGUACAGUCCAGAAAAUUGCUAUUUUCGAGAAGAACGGUGGAACACAAGCUCUAAUACAAUACCCUGGGAUACGACUACGUGGACAUGGGAUACAUCAUUUUUUCAAAACAGACAUUCAGGGAUACAGCAGGAUGCAAGUACUGCUACAAUUGCGAAGGAAGCAUUGGAAGGGCAUUGCAUCUACGAUGGUGGCUACUGCUCAUAGUGACAAGAGCAAGGAUUACACAAUCCCAGAAGGAGCACAACAAGCAGCACCACAGCCAGCCGGUGUACCACCUACAACUGCAGGAUGGCAAGGUAAUUCUCAAGCAGCUGGACCAUACGGACCACCCGGUGUCGCUGUUCAAAACCAGAACACCAACAGACAAGUGCCAAAUUGGAAUCCUGGUAACUCAGGGUACCCACCAGCUCCAGGCCAGUAUCCAGGCCAUAUGUACUCAGCUCCACCACAGCAUUACAUGACAACAUCAGGGGGCUUUUCCGCCCCUCCGCCACCGCCGCCUCAUGAGAUGCAUCCUUUACACCAGAUGUCACCUACUCAUCAUGGAAAUCAGCAGAGACCGGCAAGUGGUGCCCCUGGAACCGGCCAACCGCCUCCGUAUUACCAGCAUUAAGUUGGUGUGUGUGUACCUUCGCCACUAUUUCUGAUUAGUUAUGGAGUUUUGUAACUCUACAAUACCGCUACCCCCUUUUUUGUUUUUCACCUCUGCCCUACAAUGAAAUAUAACAGUUAAUAAAUUCUUAUUCAUCAUUUUUUUGUUAA